AUGGAUUGCCAGGAGGACAUCCUAGAGGAUGAGAAGGCACACCUUGCUGAAAAACUGCUGUCAGAAGCAUGUGAGAAGGAAGGACUGGACUGCGGAUACUGGCUCCCCCAGCUGUCGGGGAUACUGGGAGUCAAGUCCAGAGAAGCCCUGAAACAUCUGUGCUAUGAAGACUACCUCAAGCUGGAGUGCAAGGUGCGGUACCCCUGGGAAGCAAAGGCGCUCCAAAAGCUCCUGGAACUCACAAACACCAAGACAAGUGCUGAGGAGCUGCAAAAGGAGCGCCUGGAGAAGGCAAAGCAGAGGCAAGAAGCAGCCAGGGCAGCCCUGAAGGAGCUGAAAGAAAUUCACAACAGCAGCAGCCGCAGCGCGGACGCUGUGAGAGAGAAAGAGGAGGCUCUGUGGCAAGCCAUGGAGAUUCCCAAAGAGUACUGGGCACCACCGGGGAGGUCGCUGGCGGAUGUGCUGAAGAGCAUCCAGAAGCAGCUGGAGGAGCAGGAGGUGGUGGUGCGCAGGGGUGAGAACGUCUCCGACACGGAGGUGCUGAGGCGGGCGUCGGGGGGACUGGCCCUGCAGGGCAUUUACAGGACCAGCAACUUUGCAGAUGUGCUGGCAAAGCGGGACCAGCUCAUCCAGAUUCCUGAUGGGUUCAGGCUGGCCGGCCCAGAGCAAGGGUCGCUGCUUGAGAAGAAGGAGUUCUCCUCCUCUGCAGAGCAAGCUGCUUUCACCAAGUCCAUGGAGCAGCUGGGAUUCAGCAUCAGCGUUUCUGCCAAAGCCGGGUUCUGGGGGUUCAGUGCUGAAGCCGGUGUGGAUUACAGCAGCUCCUCGCGGUCGGAGGACACCCACGAGUUCCGCCGGGAGCAGAGCUACAUUUGCACCACCAAGUACCAGUACAUCCCGCUGGCCUCCUGUUACUUCCAAAAGCAUCAGCUCCAACUCUCGGACGUGGCCCUGCGGGAGCUGCAAGACAUCGAGCACCUUUUGAGCAUCACUCCAGAAGCCGACAGGCCCCUCAUGCUGAAGAGCAGGUGCGCGAGCUUCUUCAGCAGGUUUGGGUCCCACAUAAACCAGGGUCCCCUUCACUUCGGGGGGAUAUUCUGGUGGAGAGCGACUGCCGAAGGGUUCAGCGCUGAGCAGCGGGAAGAGUUGAAGCGAGAAGCGUCGGAAGCCCUCAGCUCCUUCGUCGGGGCCAGCUACAGCGGCUUCGGUGCCAGCGUGGAAGCGGGCGUGAGCGUUUCAAAAUCCAGCUCACGGGCUUCUGUCGAGAGAAAAGCUGGACGGAGUACCCACAUGGCGAUUCAGCUCUACGUGGCCAACACGGGGGGCCCGUCAGAGACAGAUUCUCUCCCGCAGUGGAAAGCAGGGCUCGUAGCUAAUAACACCACCUGGUGCGUUAUCGACCGAGGCUUUCAGCUGAUGCCAGUGUGGGAUAUAAUCCUGUUCAAUCACAGCAGUGAUUUUAAAUCCAUCUACCAGAUGAGCAGCAGCCUCAGGGCCACGUACGAAGCGCUAACGAAUCACAGUGCCGGCACCAUGUUUGGAGAGGAGCUGGUCAGUGCAGUGGAAGAGGCCAGAGCUUUCGUGGAGCACGUGAAGGCCUGGGAGGUGAGGGCAGAUGAAAGGCAACUGCUCACGCUGAUGGAUGUCAAACGGAAUCUGUACGAAAAAACCAAAAACCACAGCGUCUGGAUCAACGUGUGCCUGUCAGACAAGGCACUGCAGGAGUUCCUGCGGAGCACCGUUGAGUUUUACAAGCAGUCAUCCCCAGAAAACAUCACCUAUAUCAAGUCUCUGUUGCGGUGCCUCCUGGAUCCUCAUGUCUAUUCUGUCAAGGACUUCCCCGGGUCCGCCCUCAUUAUGCAAUGGAUCUUCCACGCCAAGCACGCGCUUCCCGAAACUCUCAAUGUUUCUGAGCUUGAAGACCUCACCCAGACACUGCUGCAAAUGAAGGAUUACAUCCAGGAUGUCACCUACGCACCAGAAACCUCUGCAUCGGCCAUUCACGAAGCAAAGAUAAAAGCCACCUUAACGGCAAGCCUGGGUGUUUAUUCCUUACUGCAGUUUCUCCAGGAGAGGGCACAGAAAGACCUAGAACUGUUGGUGCUCUUAAUUACGACCAGCACGGGGUACCAGGUGGAAAGGAGCACUUUUCGGUACCUCCUUGGCUGUCCGGAAAUAAACUUCAUGGCAAAUGAAAUGCAAACGAGGCAUAAGGAGUAUCUGAGUCUGAAGGAGCAAGACGCUUACAGAGCCCAGGCCUUCCUGCUGCUGACGGGCCUAACUGUAAUGGCCAAAUAUAAAGAGAUGUCCCCUGAGCAGAAGAGUAAGCGCUUAGUCUUCAUGGAAGGUCAAAUGGAAAACUUAUGGACCACAGAGAUAAAAACUCUCCUCAAAAAGCACAGUGAGAUCAAAGACUGGGAGCUGCUGGAAAGGGACUUGGAUUCCUUCAUCAGUGGGCACUUGGGUGACACGUGUGACGAUCUGAAGACAGACAGUAUAAUCAAAGACAUGGAAGACACUUUUCAAAGAACAGAACCUUCCCAUCAGUCCAAAUCCAAAUCAGACAGCAGCGAAUCCAAGGGAAAUCAAGCCGCUGCAAACAAAGAGUUCUUCCACUUACUGAAGCGCCUGGGACUAGAAAGUUACUACCCAAGGAAAAUGGGGACAGAAGAUUUCCACAUCCUAUACGGGACAUCUUUACAUGACAGCCAGCCCAGCAAGGACAGCGAACUGCCAUUUUACUUCUUGCAAAAGCUCUUGACCGUGGACUAUCGGGUGAGGUACCUGACUUGCAAGGACGAGAGCAAGCCAGGACUCGCACCCGUGCCCAAAAGCCCAGAGCAAGAGCAUGAACCCUCGGAUUCCUUUGACGACUUUUUCAAUGAUUUGGAGGAAGAAGCCACCGAGUCUGCAGCCACGGACAGUCGUGUGCACCCCAUGGACCUCCAGAUGGCAAUUUUUCAUUGCGCCGAUGACUUCAUGAGACAGUACAUUUCAACAAAGCUUGCUUUCUGCCAAUUCGCGCUACCUCUCCUGGUACCCAACCCGUGCACUUCACAGAUAGAGUUCCCCCUCUGGUCCUUCAGCCAAAUCAAAAAGAGCUGGAAAGGGGCUGAGAAGUCGGGAACGCAGGCCAAAAUUACCAGUUACAAAAACCAACUCAUUUAUCAGGCCGAGACACCCAUCGUGUCCUUCAUACGGAUCGGCAGUUCUCCCUCCUCUUCCAAGUCUCACAUCCUGAACGCUCUGCUGAGCAAACAAAAGCACGACACCUUUUUCCACCGACAUUGCAAGGGCAGCACCAAAGACUGUUUGCUGAUGAAAGGCGUUGUGGAGAUCUCCUGGUACUGUCCCCGGGGCAGCGACGAUGACAACUUUGACUGCUGCGUUGCCUUCUGUAACCUGCACGGAGAUGCAAGGGAUCACGAGAAACAGCUGCAGUUCUUGCAGGAGAUCUCUGCCAUGAACGUGGCUCUCGUAACCGAGUCUGAUCAGAGGGACAAGAGAGGGAUGGAAAUUUUACGUCAGCUGUGGCAGUCGCAAAGGCCUUUGCUUUGUCUUUUCACUGAGAAAGAGAACGUUACAGCUGGCCGAUCCAGCCAAAACAUAAAAAUAGGGAUCAAGAACAGAAACGAAGCAGAGUUAAUGGGUGAGCUGACAAAAGCAAUCAGGGAUCUCCUGGAAGGGUCUAAGACACUGUUCAGCCUUGACGCCUGCCUGGACAUAGCUCGCAAGCAUGGGUUCGAAGUCGAUGAAGAUACAGACGCCUGCGUGAUGGCCAAAGAAAAGGCGAAGGCGCUGGUUUCGCUUCUGAAGAAAGAGAAGUUGUGUGAGAUCAAAUCCCAGCUACUGCCUCUUCAAGGAAAACUGUGGUACCAGUGGUGCAUGAAGGACAAAGAACUCACUCGCUUGCAGGAAAAGAGGAACAAGAGCAUAGAGCAUCAUCGGAGCCAAAUCGAAUCAGAGAAGUCAGCAAUAAGAAGAAAGCAGCUAGACAAAGCCUUCCCCCUCAAUCAGCUGAUGAGAUCAGUCCUGGGCUUUCUCCAGUCACAGCCAGCAGACACCAAGAAAUACUUCCUGCAGUGGAUGAAGGUCUUUAUGGAUGACUUGUCCUCCGAUCGCCUUGACGAACUGAGGAAAGAAUAUCACCAGUUAUGGUCUGAAAUCCUGGCAAUAAAGAAAAGCAACGAACAAACCGAUGUGAAAACUCUGCUGCUGAGUAAGUUAGACGCCCUCUCCAAUGAAAUCAACGAUUCGUCCAUUGGCCUCGAGCAUAUUCUGAGAGAGGUGGGGCAGAUUUAUGAAGCUCUCGAAUCAAUGAACUCAAAGGAUAAAUGUUUUGUCAAACUACCCGAAAUUGCAGCUGACCUGAUGGUUUCGGGGUACCCUGUCGAGCUGAUGGAUGGGGAUGCUUCUUACGUUCCGUUACGAUGGGUCGGAGCCAUCUUUGACAGACUAAUUGAGAAGCUCGGGGACAAGCGAGUGUUUGUUCUCUCGGUGCUUGGCAUCCAGAGCACGGGGAAGUCAACCCUGCUGAAUGCCAUGUUUGGUCUCCAGUUCAGUGUCAGUGCAGGGAGGUGCACCCGGGGAGCGUUUAUGCAGCUCAUUAAAGUGGACGAAAAGCUGCAGCAAGAUUUGGACUUUGAUUACAUGCUGGUUGUUGACACGGAGGGGCUUCGCGCCAUAGAGAUGGCCAAUAAACAGUCCCUUAACCACGACAACGAGCUGGCCACCUUUGUCAUCGGCAUUGGCAACAUGACCCUGAUCAACAUCUUUGGAGAAAACCCCUCAGAAAUGCAAGAUGUCCUUCAGAUCGCUGUGCAGGCUUUCCUGAGGAUGAAGCAAGUACAUCUUUCCCCAAGCUGCCUGUUUGUGCACCAAAACGUGGGGGAAAUAACUGCCAAGGAAAAGAACAUGGAAGGACAAAGACGUCUUCAGGAGAAGCUGGAUGAAAUGACCAUGACAGCUGCCCAGCAGGAAUUCUGUGACAUCUCCUGCUUCAGUGACGUCAUCCGCUUCGAUGUCAACACCCACAUUCAUUACUUUGCUCACCUGUGGGAAGGAAACCCCCCAAUGGCACCACCCAACCCCACCUACAGCCAGAACGUCCAGGAAUUAAAGAGCAAAAUUCUCCAAGCUGCCAAGAAGGAGUCGCAGGGCAGCAUUCUGAGGCUCUCGAGCUUGAAAGUUCGUAUUACCGACCUCUGGAACGCUUUGCUGAAUGAAAACUUCAUUUUCAGCUUCAAGAAUUCGGUGGAGAUUGCUGCGUACAAGAAACUGGAAACUGCAUUUAGUCACUGGACCUGGCAGCUGAGGAGUCACAUCUUAGACAUGCAAAUGAAACUGGACCAUAAGGUUCGGAAUGGGGACUUGCAGAAGGUCACCACAGAAUACCUUGAAAAACUAGUGCAGGAAACCAGUGACAACAUCACAAAAGCCAUGGAAAAGUAUUUCAGUGAAGACAAAGACUCCGAGAUUCUGAUCCAGUGGAAAGGCAGCAUGGAACUGAAGCUGAAAGAACUCAAAGAGUCUCUUCUCCUGGAAACCAGGAAGAAGUGUGAGAGUCUGAUUGAACUGAAGAAGAACCAGUGUAAACUGGAUGAAAGGAAGUCAGAAUAUGAAAACGAGCUCCUGAAAAGGAGUAGGCAGUUGGCUCUGUCUCUGAAAGGCCAGAGUCUGAGUGAAAGGGAACUGAGAGACAACUUCAUUUCUCUCUGGGCAGUCUGGAUUACUGAAGUCUCCUCCGCUGCUUCCCCUCUGGAGAAGGUUGAUAUCGAUGUGGAAAUAGAAGAUGUCCUUCUAGAUCGCUUUAAGGAGCCCAACUUACACACACGCAUCGAGGAAUUUCCCAAACACGGAGUCUUUUCUCUUGACUUGAAGAAACAUAUCACUAGGAAAAAACGUUGGGGCAUCUUGAAUGUGGAUUUUGAUGCUGCCGAUGUGAACAACAUGCACCACAUUACAGAUAACAUCAUAGAGUGUGUGAGGGAGAACAUUGAUAAGAAGGAAAAGGAGAAACUGGAUUACAAUCGAAGCUUUAUCCAUGAAAUACUAAACGAAGUACAAAAAGGUAUGAACUCUGUCCCUAGCACUGCAAAAUACAGUUUUAAUAAAGAUUACAGAAUAGAUUUAUCACUGUAUCUGUGCAGAAUGACAGCAGGAAGGUUUAAAGCCAUGCAUGUAGCCUUCAGAAAAGCAAAUGAUCCCGCCGUCUACCUGGAGAGCAAGCAGGAAGAUUUCUUCAAAUGUUUCCAGAUCUCCUGCCAAGGAGCCACUUCUAUCACAACAUUUGCUGUUUUCCUGUGUGACAAGAUUGCCCCGGCUCUUCGGCAGGCAGUCUAUGAGAAGACAGCUCUUGCCAUAGCUCGAGACAUGAAGAGUAAAGUCUCAGAUUUCAAUGGCAAUAGAUACUCUCUGGAAGUUUGCAUACUGAAAUACAUGGCACAAGAAGAAAAAUUUGAGAAUUUCAAGCAGUACCUGAGUCACCCAGAAGGGUUUUUCCGGAGUUACAUUGAGAGACGUGUGAGGACGUACUGUUUAGAUGAGAACAGGAGGCUUGAGAAAUUUUUAGAAGACUCCCUCAGUCUCCUCUAUGAAAGCAUCCAGUCAGCUGUUUUUGCAUCAACCAACAUUGUCAGGGACAGGAAGGACAGAAACGACAAAAUCUCUCUUUGGCUGGAUGAAUUCUGCAGCGCACUUGGCGAGGUGCUAAGCUUGCCCAGAAGAGACCUGAAGGGCAUUGAGCAUCAGGAGGUAGCAGACAUAGAGUUCCUGAAUAACGCCAUGACAGAGGCCCUGGCUCCCCUGAAGGAUAGUAUCAAGGAAGAGUUUGCUAUGGCUGAUAUGGGCAGAUUCGAGCGGCAGCCUCACACCAUCCUGGCUGAACAGUUCACAGGGUGCUGGCAGCAGUGUCCCUUUUGUGGGGCUGUUUGCACGAACACCAUGCCCAAUCAUGAUGGAAACCAUCAGCUCGUCUUCCAUCGCCCGGAAGCUCUGGUGGGACAAAAGUGGCACAGAACAGACCAUCUGGUCAUUGAUAUUUGUUCUAGUAGCGUUGCAAGCGACUGUACAUUCCUGAUUGGUGAAAACACGUGGAUCCCCUACAAGAGAUACCGGGAUGCAGGGCAUCCUUACUCCGCUUGGAACAUUCCUCCUGAUCCAUCCAUGCAAGCGUACUGGAAAUGGUUUGUGGCUCAUUUCAGGACAGAGAUAGAAGGAUGGUUCAAUGGAAAAUUUCAUGGCAGAGGAGAAAUCCCUCCCUCGUGGUAUCAAAUUACAAAGCAGGAAGCGCUUGACCAGCUGCAGAAUCUUUAGGCCAAGUCGAUAGGAAGGAAGAACCGCAACCGAUUUUGCGUUUCAGAACAGAUCACAAGUCAUUCUACAAGAUCUUCCGAUAGUGACUACGACCUCAAGCCACAUGAAGGAAUAAUAGCUAAUUGCUCAAAGUUGUGUGAAAUAAGGCGUGCUACCCCUGCCAUUGCUCGGACAUUCCCUUGCUUCAUGAUAACGUCAGAACCCUCUUCCCUUCUUGCCAUAAGCGUUGACCUUUGCUUUGUUUUAGAGCAAAAAUGAAAAACGUUCCUGCAGCGAGCAGUCAUACGGCCAAGAUUGAGACCAAGUGCCAAAUGAAGAGCAAAGGCAGUGUCGGGAAGUACUGAUUUUAUCAGCUGCUCUGAGAAAAUAAGUGACACUGGCAAAACAAGAGUUUUCCUGCGGCAAGUACUUGUUAGGCUCCAGGAAAGGGCUGCGGGGUCUGGGGGCAGCUCUGCGUUGGCUCGAGCUGUGCUGCUUGGCUGUUGGGGAUUGCGGUCCUUUAGCGGUGGCUGUUCUGUCUCCGAUGUCCGUAAAGCAGUUCCCAUGGCAGCUGGCGUGGGGUGAGGCAGUGGUUUAACUCAGUGUUUACACCUUCUCCUACGGUAGGGCGAGCCAUUCCUACUCAGGAAUGGGCCUGGUGAGCUUCCCUCCAGCGCUCGGCCAGAGC